UAAAAAGGUAACACCAAAACCAUGCCACUGUACACUAUUCGACUGAGCCUAAAAGAGUGGAGGGAUGAUCGCCUUUAUUCUUCUGAUUUCGCCUGGAAGGAGCCAACGGAGAACGAGGAGGGGGACAAUGUCGACAGAAUCUCCAGCUUACCGGACGAGAUGCUGCUUCAAUUACUUCCACAUCUGUACUCAAUGGCGGAUGUUGUUAAUCUUGUCAAGGUGUCAAAGAGAUUUUCUAGAUCUCUAAGCGGGGAGGUCUACAGAGAGAGCUGGCGCAUCAACUGGCUUCCUCUCUUCGUCGGCGCGCAAUUAGGUUCUAUCAAGAUGCUUGAGCGGUGCCUGGAAGUGAAUGCACCAGUAGACCAAGAGUGGCAUGAUGGUUCCAUUUGCUGGGAUAUGAAAAUGUACCGAUCCUGCCGCCCUAUUCAUGUGGCCAUCCAAAACAGACAGGUCGAAGCUGUGAAGUGACUUCUUGACAAGAAAGCUGAUCC